AUGAUCUGUUUUGGAAUCUUUUUUUGGAUGGUGAUGCAGUGUUGGUCUUUUCCUCUGCAGAAUUCCUCUGUAGUGCAUGAAGCAAAGCUGAGAAUCAAACGAGAAUUUUCAGAGGAGUUGUUAUCUCCUGAUGAGAUGAAUUCGAUGGACAAGAUCCUUAAAGCAAACAAUGGAAUGACUCGAUAUAGGAGUUUUGGUUUUCGUGAGGGUGACAUCGCAGGUUCUGGUUUGAGAAGUGCCAUCACAUGUCCAGCACAAAGCUGCCUCUGGCAAAAAUCAGUGGAUGGAUUUGUUUAUGUUCCUUAUACAAUCUCUCCUCUCUAUGAUAACAUGGACCGGAUCACUAUUGAGAUUGGAAUGCAGGAUAUCUCAUCUACAACAUGUGUGAAAUUUGUCCCACGCACCCAUCAAGCCAACUUCAUUGAUAUUCAGCCAAAGUUGGGGUGCUGGUCUUUCUUGGGCAUGGUGGGUGGAGCUCAACAAAUUUCACUGCAGACUCCAGCAUGCAUGUGGUCGGGCGUGGCAUCUCACGAGCUAAUGCAUGCACUAGGAUUUGUUCAUGAGCAGUCCCGCUCAGACCGUGACCAAUAUGUCACCAUCCUAUGGGAAAAUAUUAUUGAAGGUCAAAAGCACAACUUUAGAAAGUAUGAGACAAACAACCUGAACACAGUGUAUGAUUACGACUCUGUAAUGCACUAUGGCAGAUUUGCUUUCUCAGAGGAUGGAUCACCAACAAUCAUUCCUAAACCGGACCCGAACAUUCAAAUUGGUCAGCGAGAUGGACCAAGCCUGCUUGAUAUUCAUAAAAUAAAUCUUCUUUAUAACUGUGGUACGUAA